AUGUUAAAAAUUUUGAUAGAAAAAAGCAAAUACAUUUUUUCUUGUAAAAAAUUUUGUUCGUCAAACUUUUCUGAUGCCAUAAUUAAUUUUAAAAAACUUAAUCAAGAACUAGAUAGUAAUAUUAAACUAAAAUUAUACGGUUUAUACAAACAGGCAGUAGCUGGAAAUAUUGAAAGUAUAAGUCCUGGUUCUGAGAACACUAUAGCUUACAAAAAAUAUGAAGCACAUAAAAAGUUUUAUGGAAUUUCUCGUGACGAAGCUCAAAAAAGAUAUAUUGAUGUAAUUAAUGAUUUAAUAAAAAAUAACAAAAAAUUUAAUAAUCAUAUAUCAGUUUCUUCAACUACUAAUGUUCCCGGUAUAAAUAUAAUUAAAGAAGACAAAAUUUUUAAAAUAAUAAUGGAUAAACCAAAAAAACGAAAUGCUCUUACUUGGGAUAUGUAUAAAGCUAUUGGUGAUUCUCUUCAUCAAUCAAAUAAUGACAAUUCUACAUCAAUUACAGUUAUAACUGGUUCUGGUGAUUAUUUUAGUUCUGGAAAUGAUAUAGCUAAUUUUUCUAAUGCUCGUACAUUAGAAGAUUUUAAAAAGAUAGGAGAUGAAGCUUCAAAAAUUUUAAUAAAUUAUAUAGGAGCAUUUAUUGAUCAUGACAAACCAUUAAUUGGAUUAGUAAAUGGUCCAGCAAUUGGAAUUGCAGUCACUACAUUGCCUUUGUAUGAUUAUGUAAUUGUAUCUGAUAAAGCUACCUUUGAAACCCCUUUUUCUAAGUUAGGUAUAACUGCUGAAGGUUGUAGUACUUAUACAUUUCCAUUGUUGAUGGGACAUGUAAAAGCUACAGAACUUUUGACAUUUGGAAAAAAAUUAACAGCUUAUGAAGCAAAAGAAAGAAAUCUUAUCAAUGAUAUCAUACCACAUGAUAAUUUUAAAGUUCUUUCAGAAAAAAAAAUUAAAGCGAUAUCUUCAUUAUAUCCCGAAGCAAUGAGAAUCAAUAAAAAGUUGAUGAGAAAUAUAUAUAGAGAAAAACUUCAUGAAAUAAAUAAAAUAGAGGUUCCUAUUGUAUUUGAAAGAUUUGCUAGUAAAGAAUCUGUUGAUGCUAUAAACAAAUUUUUAAAGAAAAAAAAAUAA